CCGCGCCAACGACGAGCCUUCGCACACCGUCUCAAAAGCUAGGGUUUAGGGUUUAAGGUUUAAGCUUAACGCUCCUGAACAUUUAUACGGUUUCAGUUGAACAAUCCUCCUAUUCAAAACACUAAAAAAACCUUACAGCCCCAAAAGCCCUCCGCCAAGCAUUCCUCCAUGGCUUCAACGCUCGCAUCUCAGCUGCAGAGGAUCAAACCCUUCGUACAAGGAGAAGCAGAUGGAAGGAGACCCUUCACUCGUCCUUCCGUCAUCUUCGAUCCCAAAGAAGCCGCCGACAUCGAUGUGGAGACCAUCCUUUCAAUUGCAGUCUCUGGUUUGGAAGUUCUUAUAAAGUCGGAUACCCGAUUUGGGAAAUACAAAGAUACACUUUUUAGCCACAAGAGUCGUGAAUUAGAUAGGGAAACAAUGGGAAUAGAAGAAAACAAGAAUAUCGAUUUUUCAAUUGCUUCAUACCUGCGGUUACUUGCUGGAUACCUGCAACUCCCUUCAGCGCUAAAGACAUUGGAAUAUCUUAUUCGUCGAUACAAGGUUCAUAUGUACAACGUGGAUGAGCUAGUUUUGUGCGCUUUGCCUUACCACGACACCCAUGCAUUUGUUCGGAUUGUGCAGUUACUGGACUUGGGAAACAAGAACUGGGCAUUUCUUGAAGGUGUUAAAGCUUCAGGUGCACCACUACCAAGAAAGGUUAUAGUGCAACAGUGCAUUCGUGAUAUGGGGGUUUUGGAAGAUUUAUGCAACUAUGCAUUGCCAACAAAGAAGUUCCAGCAUUCGAGGCCGGUGUUUUGUUUUUGUUCUGCAGUUCUUGUUGAAGCUCUAGGUGCUAUUCCUACUUUGGACAGUGAUACUGUGAAGAGAAUCAUUCCUUUUGUGUUUUCUGGACUCAGCUCUGCACAAACCGGAGGCCCUGAUCACAAGGCUGGUGCAAUGAUGAUAGUGGGUGUACUAGCAACCAGAGCAACAUUGGCUUUGAAUCUUAUUCAACAAUUAAUUCUCCUCAUUGCAAAAGCAAUUCUACAGGAUGCCAAAGAAUCGGCUGACUUGCCAUGGCUUCGUACGUCAGUUAUGACCAUUAUUAGCCUUGUCCAGUUGCAGUCAGUUCAAAAGCUUACCAAGAAGGUUUUGGAGGCCCUUAAUGAAAUUAGGGAUCUUGCUGCCCUGCUUAUGGGACUGUCUGAAGAAUUCAAUAUUGAGAAGUUCCUUCUUGUCUAUCUGGAAGCAUUGGCUGAUUACAGUUCCUCUGAUGAUUCAUGCCGCCUCGCCUUGAUUACCACAAUAGAGACCAUUCCUGUAAAAGAUCUUGUUGAUAAUAUUGUCAUUAGAGUGCUUGCUGCCUGCAUGAAGUUGUCACAGAAGAAGGAUAAUUCCAAAUUAUGUGAAUCAGGAAGCUGGGCCAAACAAAUUCUGGGUGCAAUUGAUAAGCAUUAUCCAUCUGAACUGCGUGGAGCUGUGCGCAAGUUCCUUGAGGAUCCCAAAAUGAGCUCCAAGAAAGAGGGGUUUAAAUUUGAGAAUUUAUGCUUGAUGCUUGAUGGGAGUUUGGAAAUGUCACUGGAGAUAUCGGAUUCAAAAGUUUGGUUUUCCCUAGAACAUCCACAGGCUGAGGUUCGUCGAGCUUCUCUUUUAGGUUUAGCUUCAUCUGGUACACUGAAAGCCAGUGCUUUUGAUCCACAGAAACUUGUCAACGUUCAAGAAGCAAUAUUGCGAAGGCUUCAUGAUGAUGAUCUUAGUGUUGUUCAGGCAGCUCUAUCUGUGGAUGGAUUGUCUGGAAUCAUUAAUCCUGCUUGUCUUUUCAAAGCCUUUGAAGUUGUACUUUUAAGAUGCAUUGAUAUUCUGACAGGUACUUCAUCCAUAUCAUCACAAAUUUGCGAUGUUGCUGUCUCAUGCCUCGAGUGUGCUUUGACCUUCCAACAACAGCAUCCUGACUUUUCAAAAGGGGUUGCCACCAUGGUGUUUCCUUUACUUCUCAUUCUUCCCAAGACAUGGAGGAUAAAUAUGAAGGCUUUGGAAUUAGCCAAGGAAGUAAAAUGGCCAUUUUACUGUAACCUUUGUGAUGCAUGUGAUCAUAUGGCCACUUCACAAGUGAAGAAUUUUAAACCUAGGUUUGCAGCUGCAAUCAACAUGAAGACAGUUGGAGCUCUGGCUGAGAGCUUCUUAACACACCCUGGAGAGUACAUGCCAUGGUUGGUCGAGUGCUGCAACAGCUUUAAGCUGUCAAAGACCUUAUUCUUUUUGGUUAUACUGCAGUCAUUCACAAAACAGAAGAAAGUGGCUAGCAGCUUUUCAACACUAUUUCAAGUUUCAUUGCCAGUUCUUAAGGAUGAGUGGCAUGAGAUGGAGUUUAGUGGCAGUGGUGUUUUCGGAGAAGAGUGCAACAUGGAAAAUCUGGAAAAGGCUUACAGUGGAGUCAUGGAUAAACUGUUUGAUGUGAACUUCGGAGUGCUGAAUUCAAAUAUUUUAAUUUGCAUAUAUUGGAGCUUGCUUAAAUCAUUUACCACAAUUUCUCUGCAGGAUACCUCGGCUGAAAAUGCAGAGUGGCUGGGUAUACUUCAGGAUCUGUUUGUCUUUUCUGCGACAUCCCCAUUAAAGGAUAUAUUCAAGGAACAUCUUCAUUUGCUUGCAAUAAAGAGUGACAUGCCUCUUGUUAGGUUUCUAUCCAAGUUUUUUACUGAAGAAGAUUUUGCUGUCUCAAGUCAAGUGGAGAGUCUUCAUUCUUUUGUGACUCUGUGUUCCACAUUUGCAUCCAAAAAGGGUGGUACCAAUACCAGCAGACAGAGGCAACUCCUACUUGAAUUUCCUUCACUCCUUGUUCCACUUUCUAACAAGAACCAGGAUAUACGGAUGUCUGCACUGAAUUGCAUUGAAGCCCUUCUCAAUCUAAUGCAAAAUAUUGAUAUUACUACCAUGAAAAAUGGGAACGACUCUUUUUUGGCUCAUAGUGUACUGGCACCUGCUUUUGCGGAUUUUUUGGGGUUGAUUGUUUACCAGAAGAAGCUAAUUUCUUCAGAUGUGAAUUUCCUUCCAUCAUUUCUGACAUCAGUGCUUGGUUUUUCUGGUCAUAGCCUUUUAGUGCCUCAAAAUAUCGAUAAGAGGUUGGAUCAGCAGGCAAAGGAAGCCAUAUUUCAUUUCGUUUUGAGAUCUUCAAUCAACUUUUCUCCAUAUGGGAAGCUUACAAUACUGUCCUUGCUCAAAGGAAUGGGCAGUGCCAUUUUGAAAAUAGAAGAAGUCAAGUUAUUGUUAUCUGAACUUUUGGAAAGACGCAAUCAGUUCCAUUUCGGGCUUGAUAAAUCAUGUGAACAAUUGUCACAUACUGAAGCUGAGACCUUAUGCUUGCUGUUGGAGAGCUGUGCUUCUGUGCCGAGUUCAUCACAAGAUGGAGAUGUUAUCAUAGGAUAUCUGCUUAAAGCUUUGCAAGUAGGUAGAGUUUCUCUCAAUGACCCUGCCAUAAUACGGCCUUGUGUCAAUGUCUUGCAAAAGCUUACGUGUGCCUUGUAUGAUAGUUUGAAGACUGAGAUACAGGAUGAACUGUUUCGAAACCUCGUUAUUUUGCUCCGCAACGAUAAUGGUGAUAUACAAAAUGCAGUUAGAGAAGCUCUUUUGCGGAUAAAUGUUAGUUGGUCUACUAUUUACAGGCUUCUUGAUUUAAUUCUUUCACAAGAAGGUUCCCAAAGGAUGAAGAGAAAGAAACCAACAAAGCAUCAAAAGUUUAGUCUGCAACAUGAGUUGUUUAAUAAUGGGGAAAGCACACUUUCUUUUCUUAGUUCUCUACUUGAUGUUCUGCUACUGAAGAAAAAUAUAGAAAGCAGGGCUUCUCUGAUAGAGCCUCUAUUUGAGCUUCUUCGAUAUUUUUUUAAAAGCAACUGGCUUCCUGUGCUUGUUGUCCAAGAUGGAAAUGGAACAGGAGAUUCAUCUGGCGUUUCUAACUUCAAUAACUCAGUGUGUGAAAUUCAACAGACGAUAUUGUUAAUCCUAGAUGAUAUUAUCGCUUCACUCUCAUCUGAUCUUCCUGUUAAGGAUGACAUACUUAAUAAGUUUGAUGUGAAUCUGUUGGUUGAAUGUGCAAAUUCUGCAAAGGAUUCAACAACACGCAAUCAUGUAUUCUCAUUGUUAUCUUCUGUUGCAAAGGUUACUCCUGGCAGGAUUUUAGAUCAUAUCAUUGACAUCUUUACUGUUGUUGGGGAUUCGACGGUAAUGCAGAGUGACAGCCAUUCACAACAUGUGUUUGAGGACCUAAUAUCCACAAUAGUUCCAUGCUGGCUAUCUAAAAGAGAUGAUGCAAAGGAACUGCUCCAGAUUUUUGUAAAUGUACUUCCUGAAGUUGCUGAACACAGAAGACUGACUAUUGUGGUGUAUCUGUUGAGGACUUUGGGUGAAAAAAAGAGCUUGGGUGCAUUGCUUGUUCUUCUUUUCUGUUCAUUGGUUUUGAGGACAACUAAAUCUAGUCCUGAUGGCAGUAUAUAUUCAGCAUCUCUUGCUUCUAUUGCCUACAAAGAGUGGGAGUAUGUGUUUGCGGUACAAAUAUGCGAACAGUAUUCUUGCACAAUAUGGCUUCCAUCUUUAGUCAUGCUUCUCCAAGAAAUUGGAAUGGUCUAUCAACGCAAUGAGCAAAUUAUUGAAUUACUGCUGGCAAUUCAGUUUAUUUUACAUAAAUUACAUGAUACUGAAUUGGCUUUCAAGCUCGAAUCUGGGCAAGAUCAAGACGAACUUCAGGGAACACUUGGAGCACUUAUGGAGCUGGUUCUCUCUCACAUGCAACUUGUAAGUGUCAAAAGCAAGAAAAUAAGCAUUCCUGCCAGUCUCAGGAAAGAACUAAAGGAGUGCAUGCGUGGUGUAUUAAAGACCAUCACAAAGAGUAUGGCCCCCUCCGCAUAUUUUAAAGCCAUUACUCUAUUGUUGGGGCAUGCAGAUGGAAACGUGAGAAAGAAGGCUCUUGGGCUUCUUUGUGAGACUGCAAAGGAUCAUGACAUAGUUCAACAGAAACACAAGGGGACCCGAAAGAGGAAUCAGAACAUUUCUGAAUUUCAUAUGGAUGAAAGUGCUUGGGAGUCCUUUAACAUGAUGUGUUUGGAAAUCAUUCGAUUGGUUGAUGAUUCUAGAGACAAUUCAGAUACUUCAGUGAAGCUGGCAGCUGUUUCUGCACUGGAAAUACUGGCGAAGAAGUUUUCAUCUAAUAGUGCUGUUUUCUCAACAUGCCUUUCGUCUGUUACAAAGCACAUAAGUUCAGAUGACUUGGCCGUCUCCUUCAGCUGCCUCCGAAGCACAGGUGCUUUGAUCCAUGUGCUUGGUCCAAAGGCAUUAGCUGAACUUCCUUUCAUUAUGGAACAUAUGUUCAGGAGAGCUCAUGAUGUUUCCUCCUGUUCAGCAAGAAAAUUCAAACAUGGCCAUGAUAGGGUUCUCAGUGAACUUUCAAGCAAUAAGGAGCCUCUUCUGUUGUCUAUUCUUGUCACGUUGGAGGCAGUAAUUGACAAACUCGGUUGUUUCCUGAAUCCAUAUCUUGAAGAUAUUUUAGAGCUUAUGGUGAUACAUCCUGAGUAUGUUUCAGAAUCAGAUCCAAAGAGGAAACUGAAAGCCGAAUCAGUGCGAAGGCUUGUCACUGAGAAAAUUCCUGUUCGCCUUAUUCUGGCACCUAUGCUGAAGAUAUAUCCUGAAGCUGUCAAAUGUGGGGAAUCGAGUAUAUCGGUUGCUUUUGAAAUGCUAGCAAGCACAAUCAGUACCAUGGAUAGAUCAUCUGUAGGAACUUACCACGCAAAGAUAUUUGAACAGUGCUUGCUAGCACUCGAUCUUCGCCGUCAGCAUCCAAUCUCGGUUCAAAAUAUUGAUAUGGUAGAACAGAGUGUUAUCCAUGCAAUAAUUGUUCUGACAAUGAAACUUACUGAGACAAUGUUUAGGCCUCUAUUCAUUCGGAGUCUUGAAUGGGCAGAGUCAGAAUUGGAAGAAUUUGGGUCAAGUAAAAGCAGAAAUUUAAGCCGGAGUAUUUCCUUCUACAAGUUGGUUAAUAAACUUGCUGAACAGCAUCGAUCCUUGUUUGUGCCCUACUUUAAGUACUUGCUUGAGGGUUCUGCGCGUUACCUAAUUGAUGAUCAGGUACCAAAGACUAUUGGUUCAACCCAAAAGCAAAAGAAGGCCAAGGUUCAUGAAGAAAGCAGUAACAGAGAAACGAAAGGAGCAUUGUCACCCUGCCAGUGGCAUUUGAGGGCACUGAUUUUAUCAUCAUUGAAGAAAUGCUUCCUCUAUGAUACUGGGAGCCUGAAGUUUCUUGAUUCAUUGAAUUUUCAGGUUCUGUUGAAACCUAUAGUCUCUCAGCUUGUGGCAGAACCACCAGCUUCUUUAGAACAAUUGCCCAAUGUACCAAAUGUGGAGGAAUUUGAUGACACGCUGGUCUCUUGCCUGGGCCAGAUGGCUGUAACAGCAGGCUCUGACCUUCUAUGGAAACCCUUGAACCAUGAGGUGCUGAUGCAAACACGAAGCGAAAAGGUGCGGCCACGGAUUCUAGGUCUGAGAGUUGUGAAAUAUCUAGUGGAACACCUGAAAGAAGAGUAUCUUGUCUUCCUGGCCGAAACAAUCCCGUUCCUUGGGGAGCUGCUUGAGGAUGUAGAGCUCCCCGUUAAAACUCUGGCCCAAGAGAUUCUCAAGGAGAUGGAGACCCUCAGUGGCGAAAGCCUUCGGCAGUACCUCUGACCUCUUCCUGUCGGAGUGUAUCCAUACAGUGGCCAGUUUUGAGUGCAGAGAGGCUGCAAGGGAAAUUGUAAAAUGUAUAUUCAAGGCGUAGGUUAUUGAUCUUGAUCUCUAUAAAUGUAAAUUAUUUCAACCAGAUCUUGUGUUUCGAACUGGUUCAAAUUUUGGAAACAAAAUAAUGGCAUAAAUGAGACUUUUGCUCUUUGAAACCCAUCUGUGGAAGGAACAACUAAUGGAUUAUGACUUUGUUCAA